AUGUUAUUGACAAAACAAGAAAUAACUGACAAAGUGAAAACUAUAAUUGCUACUCAACUAGGAGUUGAGUUGGAAAAAGUAACUUUAGAAGCAAAUUUUGCAACUGAAUUAGGAGCUGACUCAUUAGAUACAGUUGAAUUAGUAAUGGCUAUUGAAGAAGAAUUUAAGAUAGAUAUACCUGAUCAAGAUGCAGAGAAAAUAUCUAAUUUAGAGCAAGCAAUAGAUUUUAUUCAAAAAAUAGUAAAUUGA